AUGGCGCGAGUGCAGUCGAGAUGGCUUCACUUCGGUCGAGCGAGGCCGCGACUGUCCACGUCUUGUCGAGCGUCAGGCUGUCUACUGCACCACUCGGCCGUGUCGCCGCUCAGGACUGUCCAGACACAGCGGGAGACGCCUCGUGCAGCCGCUUCAGCUCGUUCGGGCUCGAAGCGGUUCCGCCAGCACGUCAAUCCGCUUUCGGUCGUGUACCACCAACCGAUUGAGCUGCCGGAUUGGACCCGACAAUUUGCCGACCCGUCGCUGCCUAUACACGUCGACAUUGGCUGCGCUCGGGGCAACUACCUCAUGGACGUGGCGGCGUCGCACGCGACCGAGCGGAACUUUGUCGGUGUCGAGAUCCGUCGCAAUGUACUGCAGGAGGCCGAGCGAGAAGCCAAGCGACGCGGACUCUUGAACUUGGCGUUCGUGCACGCCAACAUGAACCUCCAUCAGACGCGACUGCUCCAGUCGCUACCUGCGCCUGUAACGAGUGUGUCCAUUUUCCACCCGGACCCGUGGAUGAAGAAACGUCACGUCAAGCGACGACUUGUAACGGACGCGUUUGUGGAGGAGAUGGCUGGUCAGUUGCCCAAUGGUACACCAAUUUACGUGCAGACGGACGUGGAAGAGCUGUUUGCAUACAUGGUCGAGGUCUUUGAACUGUCCAAGCUCUAUGACUUUGAUGCGCUUCACGAGGCCCCGCUGGGAGUCUCGACUGACCGAGAAAAGUUCGUUUACAACGACGGAGGAGGCGUCUUUCGGGUCAAGUUUAUCGUGGAUAAACUAAAGAAGAAGACAGAAGCGAAGAUGUCGACGUCGCCUGAUGCGUAA